UAAGAAAUGCAACCGGUGAUAAUUGGUGCCUCGCCUUUGGUGGUGGUCCCUCGUGAAAAUCCCCUGUUUUAAUUAUACUUUUGCCACCAAUAACCGACUUUCAAUUAGUUUACCCUUCAUUCAACCACCUGCAUCAACGGCGCAAACAUCCUUAUCCGCCUCCACUCUCUCAUGGAUUCGCGACACCGGCGGCGGCCAUCCGCUGACCGAUUCCUCAACACUUUCUCUAUCUCUCCUUCUUCCACCGAUGCCGGCGAUGAGCUGAGCGAAGACGACGUGUUCUUCACUGGCGCCAAUUUCCAAAAUCAUCCUUCCACCUCCUCAACACCACCUCUGACUAUCCUCAACCACAAAAAUCAUCGCCGCCAUCAAAAAUCAUUCAAUCCAGAGGCCUUUGGAAUCCUUGCCGCAUUGCCGGAAUCUGGCGAUGAAACCCGAUCGGUGUUGAUCUCUCCUCCUCAGCCAUCGUCUUCGAGGAUGAUUCCAAAUGUUCCAAAGCCUUCUUUGGAACGACAGAUCUUCUCUAUGCCGGAGAAGUACCAUCAGUCUGCUCCGAUGAAUGUUCCUUUGAUGCCACAAGCGAAGGAUACACGGCGUCUGAAAGGGAGCGCUUUUGGUUACGAGGUUGAUGACGAUGGAGUUGAUGAUGAUGAUGAUGGAGAGAUGUUACCUCCUCACGAGAUUGUGGCUCGGCAGAUUGGGAAGUCGCCGGUGCUUUCUUGUUCUGUGCUUGAAGGUGCUGGGAGGACGUUGAAGGGUAGGGAUCUGCGUCAGGUUCGAAACGCAGUGUUUCGCCAAACAGGUUUUAUUGAUUGAUAAUUAUUGUCCUCCGUAUUAUCUAGUCUAGGUUAUUUUGCCAUUUUUUGCUUCUUUCUAAACUUUCGUAGUUUCGUAGGCUAUUCUCAAUUCUUAAUUGAUUGAUUCCGUUUUGAGAGUUUGAAUUGUGUGAAAUCAAUGCCUAAAGUUAUGAGGAUUUCUUGAUUUGAUUAUUUCCUAA